AUGUUCUCUUCGUUGCCCUCGUGGCUAGACUGGUAUCGAAAACCCUCCUAUCGGGACCCUAUCAUUUUCUCGGCGUCAAUCAGGGCAGAUCUCGAGAAUGGCCUCACUUCGAGACCGGGCUCGAUCAGCUCACAGUCCGACUCUGCCAUACCAUCGAACUUGACCCUGGAUCAUGUUCUUAACAAUGACACAUGCAGUCCUUUAUCUCUGUACGACUUUUACAUGUAUCUAAAGCAUAUUGAGCGCUCACCAGAGAAUCUGGAGUUUUAUAUCUGGUUCAAAGACUACGAAGCACGCUACAACGAGAGCUCUCACACCAACUCCCCCACCCAAGAGACACCACUCCUCUUCUCUUCUAAAGAUGAGAAAUCUUCGUCUGCAGGCGGUGGCACCUACUGCUCUCUCGGAUUCGGAGCGCCAGGAGACGCAACCGAAUUGAGUACUCCUACUACUACCACCACCACCACCAUCGCAGCCACCCAGCUCCCAGAUCCAGCUUUCCAAACGUACAUUGAAGACCUUGUGGUUUCUCAAGGAUCCAGACGCUGCCGUCCGUUCUGGGACCGCAGCAACAACAACAACAACACCAACCCCAACAGCUCCGACAAGACGCUCGUGCACGCGCAGGCGCACACACACGGCGGGGGGCACGCGGCGGACUUGGCGACGAAGACGGCGACGACCAUGUCCGCCUACCCCUACACGCGGCGCGAAGAGGUGUCGCACGUCGUCGCGCGGUACCUGACGGAGGACAGCCCGCGGGAGCUCAACGUGCCGCCGUCGAUGCGGGCGCAGGUCCUCUCGGCGAUGGCGCGGGGGGACCUGUCGCCGGGCCCGCUCCGGCCGGUGGCCGAGCACGUCUACUACCUCCUGCGCAACUGCUCGCACCGCAACUUCAUCCGGCUGGGCGUCAAGAACGGCACCUUCGAGACGCUGUGCAUGGUCACCGUCGUCGGCGUCCUCUUCACCGCCCUGGGCCUGCUGACCAUGCUCCUGGUCGCGUUCGCGUCCCCGUCCGUCCGCCGCUCGUCGCGCUGGCGGGGCCUCGCGAGCGCCCCGUUCUGGGUCGUCGGCUUUUCGUUCCUCUUCGCCGGCUGGCGCGGCUCGUGCUUCCUGCUGCUGCUGUUCUCGCGCCGCCAGGAACUGCCCUGGGAGCGCCUGUCCGACGACGGGAGCACCAGGACCAGGAGGUCCUCCUCCUCCAACAACAACAACACCGCCACCACCUGGGGCCGGGGCCUGGUCAGGUUUGCGAAGAAGAUGAUGAUCUUCGAACGCAAGAUCCGCGUCAAGGACCGUGGCCUGCGGAAACUGCAGAGGAAAAUCGUCGUCCAGAGCGUCGUCGGCGCCGUCCUCGCCACCGCCAUCCUGGAGGUCGUCUUUCUGGUCUUGCCGAUUUGGAAAUGA